GCUGCUUUGUAUCAUCCGACAGGGAAAAUGGAAGCUGUUUGAUUUGAUGGAGAGCAAUACGCUCUUCCUUUCCGCCAAUCUGGAACGCAAAAAAAUAUUUACAUUGUCGUCGACUUGGAUUACAUCAUAGACUUAAAUCCACAAAGGACGGGUGUUUGGGUUAGGGUUAGGAAUAAAAUCAUUUGGAUCCAGGUACAUUUUUAAAUAGACUACUUAAAAUGUAUCUGGUAAAUUCAACAACAAAACUGUUGAAACCAGUGCAGACCCUUUUCAUCGAGUGUGAGAUGUAACAUUAAACCACACACACGGUCGCCACAAUUAGCUUGCAUCUUCCCUCCAGAGAGAGAGAGAGCGAGAGAGAGAGAGAGAGAGAGAGAGUGGAGGAGCAGCCAGUUGUUCUUCACUCCCUGCUUUAAAUUGAGAGGCAGACGUUCUUGGCUUGGACGCCGCGCUCAUGUCAGGAUUAGGAGCCGGGGACGCGGGACACACCGGUGAUCUGCAGGUCCUAAUUGAGCGACCCCAGCCAGAUUCGCUCCCUGGUCAGCUGUGAAAAACUCAUCUUUCGAAGUUGACCUGAGUACCGUCCUUCGGCAUCAUGCAUCUUCUGGCUGUACUGUGCCUCUUGCUGCUCCUCCGCUCCGCCGAGCCCCGGAGAUGCCCAAGGUCCAGCGCCAUGGAAACAGGAACCGACGAGUGGAUUCGUGGUAAAGGAAGGGCUGGCGUCGUGAAGCGCCAAACACAGGAAUGCAAGGAGUACAUAGAAGCGGGAGAGAAGUACCUGGAUUGCCAAGAUAGACAGUUGACCACCGUGAUGCAAGACUGGCCCAAAGAUAUCCACCACCUGCUACUGGCCAGGAAUAAAAUUCAGGUUCUGAGGGACAACAUGUUCUCCCAGUUCAGUCAACUCAAGAGCCUGGACCUUCAACAAAAUGACAUUUCCAUGGUGGAAGACCGAGCGUUUAAUGGACUUUCCAAACUCAGGACGCUUCUACUGCAACAUAACAGCUUGAAAACAGCCUCCGAGGAGGUCCUCCUCCCCAUGCCCCGCCUUACCUACCUCCGUCUCUACGACAACCCCUGGAGCUGUCACUGCCCGUUGGAUAGUCUACUUAGGACGCUGCAGGUGCCUAGUAACCGCAACCUGGGCAAUUACGCCAAGUGCGCGGAACCUCUUUCGCUGAGGGGCCAGAAGCUGAGGAAGCUGAACGUGGACUCGUUGUGUGCAGGUGACAACCAGGUGGAUGAGACUCAACUAAAGCCACCUAUGAAAAAAACAAUGGCUACAUCCAUGUGCCACACCUACAUGUUUCCCAAACCUCUGCUGGACUGCAGCUAUAAAGGUAUGAGCAACGUCCCAUCCGACCUGCCCUCCGACAUCGUGAAAAUGGAUCUAUCCGGCAACAACAUCAAACAUCUCAGGCCCAAGCAGUUCCUGCAUUCCAAAGACCUCAAGAUGCUCAACCUCAGCAGCACCAGCCUGAAUGCAAUAGACACAGGUGCGUUUGCAGGGCUGCUUUACCUUCGCGAGCUGGAUCUUUCCAACAACAGCCUUCACUACUUCCAGUAUGGCGUCCUGGAGGACCUCUACUUCUUGCGUAAGCUGUCUCUGGGCAACAACCCGUGGAUCUGCGACUACAACAUCCACUACUUGAUCUAUUGGCUCAAGCUGCACCCCGGCGUCGCCCACACGGGCCUGAUCUGCGCCGAGCCGGAGGAGUUCCGGGGCUGGCGCGUGGCCGACUACGUCAAGACCUACAACGGGGAGUGUCCCAAGGAUGUACAGACAGGGGGGUUCAAUGGGGGACAAGGGGGGACAGAGAAUGAGGCACAAGAGUUGGUGGCCGAGACGGAGGAAGGGUUCCGGCUGAGGCCUCUGAAAGAUCAGAGGGUGAAAAAGUUUGAGAUCAUCCGGUUGAGUUAAUCCGGAUUCGGGGUUUAUGAUUUGUGUGCAGGAGGAUUUAGUCUGGGAUCAGGCUGAAGAAUUAUGACUCAGUGAUUUUAUGUUUAGAAAGGAGACAAGGGUAUGUUUUUGUUUUUGCAAUCCAUGUAAAUAUGUAGGCGAAGUAUUUUAAGGGACAUCUGAAUUCUUAGUUGUCACAUUGCUGUGCUUAGUCAUUUUUAGUUUAUGCAGAAUUUUUUCCCCCAACCGGGUUGUAUUUCCAAACACUGCCCCUAGCUGCUCAAAACUACGAACUAAAGGUGCUUUAUUUCAAAAUUACUUUUCUUUUUGUACUGCUGGUGAAUGAAUGAAUGGUACUUUGGAUAUGACCAUUGAAAAUAAAAGUCUUUUUUUCUGGGA